GCACCCUCCGCCCUCCUCACUCCUACAUGGACUUCUCCGGCUCCGUGAUAACAUUCUCACCAUCUUCUGCUGUCAGGCCGCCGUCCGGACGCUCCAUAGUCGUCAUGACAGCCAGAAACGUCAUCCUGUGCGCCGUCGCUAGUCACAUGUUCCUCCAGGAGGCGCUGGGUGAUGAUGUCACCCAGGGAAAUAUCCAUGCAGUGUGUGUAGUGUGACAGCUGAGGAGGAACUCAGCACAGAAAUGGAUAAGCAGCGAAAAUUGAUGGUUGUGGAAGAUUUUGUAGAAUAUCAUCUUUUCCUGGUACACGAUGAAGAUGCUGAUGCUGAGAAGCACAAACAUAUUCUACAGCAAUAUUUAGAGCAGAUACUAGCCCAACUUGCUCCUCUACUGGCUGGCUACAUCUGGCAAAAUCAACCAUUUAACCUUGGGUUAAAAUCAAAGAAAGGUAAUACACCUGCGCAUAUUGGAGGAAAAACAUAUUUUGGUGACAACAUUGAAGAUGAGUGGUUCAUUGUUUAUCUAAUUAAACAAAUUACAAAUACGUUUCCAGAACUAGCAGCCAGAGUUGAAGAUAAUGAUGGAGAAUUUCUUUUAAUCGAAGCGGCUGAUUUCUUGCCCAAGUGGAUAAAGCCAGAAAAUAGCUGCAAUCGGGUGUUCUUUUACCAUGGAAAGUUGUGUCUCAUCUCACUGCGGCCGGAUGAAGGAGACCUGCCUGACCCAUCAUCCAAUAUGACACUACUGCAAGCUCUGAAACUCUUUUCUGCACGUCCAGAUGGUUUCCUGGCACCAGAGUCCAUCACAAAGGCCAUUGAAAGGCGAAUUAAAGGAUAUCCUGAGAAAAUUAAGGAAUCACUCCAUCAAGCUCAUUGCUUUGUGCCAGCUGGGAUUGCAGCAGUAUUAAAGGAGCGCCCACAGCUGUUGGCAGCAACAGUGCAAGCAUUUUAUCUCCGAGAUCCUUUAGACCUGAAAGCCUGCAGGACCUUUCGUCAUUUCCUACCUGAGACACGUGUGCUCACAUUGGUGACAUUUACAAAGUGUUUGUAUGCUCAGCUUGUCCAGCAGAGAUUCCAGCCUGACAAACGCAGUGGAUAUACUCUUCCUGCCCUUUCACAUCCUAAGUAUAAAGCAUAUGAACUUGGAAUGAAGCUGGCACAUGGCUUUGAGAUUCUGUGUUCAAAAUGUACUGCAUCACCUAUGGAGGUCACAAAACAGCCCUGUAAAAGCCCACUGUGGACCGGAUUCCUGAAUUCUUUGAAAAAGAAUGAUUUCUUCAAGGGUGAAAUGGAGGGGUCUGCACAAUAUUGUGAACUCCUGAAGAAAGCCGAAAUGUAUUUCCAGCAAUCCCUAUUUAAACCUAGCAGUUCAGUAAUGUUUAGCACUGGUGAAGAAAUCCUGAGCUUGCUUAAUAUACUACCUGUGAACAUGGAAGAGAUGAAGAACGAGGAGGCCAGUCUUCCACCAGAUGAAGAUGACAGCUGGUUGGACAUUUCACCAGAAACGUUGGAACAGAUCUUACAGGAUGCUGCAGGUUCGAAGGAAACUGUGCUCCCACCAACCUCUGACAGUGCCCACAAUUACAACUUGGCUGAAGUAACUGAUAGCAUGAAGGCUUUUAUUUCAAAGGUGUCAUCACAUGAAGGAGCAGAGGUGCCCUGGUUUCCUUCAGAAGCACCAAUCACAUUUGAUGUUGACUCAUUUACAAGCGCCUUGGAAAAAAUACUUGGUCCAAGUCCAGAAGAGCUGGAUUCUGAUGAUCUAGAGUCUGAGGAGGAUUUUGACCUGCUAGAAAGUGAUGAAGACGUGGAUGACAAUGAAGAUUCACCCCUGGGUGCAGACACUCUAAAAAGCUUGCAUUCCUAUAUGGAUGUAUUGGACAGAGAACUGGCGCACACCAACAUUGGUAAAAGUUUCGCCAAGAAGAAAAAUGAGCACUCGGCUUCACAUCCUAAGCCUCAGGAGGGCGAUGACGGUAGCUCUGAAGAAGAGGAAUGCCCAGAAGAGUCGGGUUUGGCUCCUGUAGACGUGGACUUGAAUCUAGUGACCAAUAUCCUUGAAUCCUACAGUUCCCAGUCUGGAUUGGCUGGGCCAGCUUCCAAUUUAUUACAGAGUAUGGGAGUACACCUGCCUGACAACACUGACCAGGAGACAUUUGAUAAUGUUUCUACGCACUGAGCACGUGGGUACCUAUUUAUUCAGACUUCUUCACAUAUACUGCGCCACUCGAAAGCCAUCUGUGGCAACUGAUUCUUCUACCACAGAUAAGGAAUAAAUACCAUGGACGAUUUUAUAUAUUGAUCAAUGGAGUCUAUUUUUGAGGCAGAAGGAAGUAGUCGUCAGUAAAUUUUGAUUCACAUGGAGUGCUUUGAAAAUAAAAAUGGCAAAAAUUGCCUAAAUGUUAAGAAAAAAAAUGCUUCCAAAUGCUUAAAACACUUCUUAGAUUUGCACAGUUUAGCCGUAAAGUACAACCAUAUGGAUGACGCCACAUACAGUUAAGGAAUAUAGUGGUGUGCUCUGACUGGGCAGUGAAAGAGCAGAUACAGAUUAAUGUGGUCAUUGCUCUGCUUUCUCCUCCUCCUAUCAUCAUGUCCUUAUUAAGACAAAUGCAUGCAGUAUACUGUACCUGAUUGGCUCCCAGUCCCGCCUGUCCCUCUCCCUGUCAAGGUGCUGCUGCAUUCAUUUCAAGAGGCUAAUAUCAAGUCAAAUUCAGCUGUUUACUUUAGAUGGGUUUAACUCUUUUUAUUUUAGAAUACUUUGCUGCACUAGUUGUGUAUCUUUCAUCUGCCUAGAGUUCAGCUCUCACAUUAGUUCACGUGAUGGUGUUAGAUAGCUGUUAUAAGCACCUUUUAAAGACCUAGGGAUGUCACACACAGCAGUUUGUUUAGGGCUUGUGAGGUUAGGCAAAUCCAGCCUGGUUUUUGGUGCAUUCAGCUUGCAAUUAAAAUCUGUUUCAGAUGCUUCUGAGUUUCUUUAGCCGUUCUCCAAACCUCCUCCUGCCAUGCUGCUUUUAUAAUUCUGUUGAUUUGCCUGGGAAUAAAAGUAGUUUUGAUGCAGCUCUUAAUGUGUCCUAGAGCGUGGCUCACAAAUGAUAUAAUGUUCCUAUUCUCCUAGCUGUACCACCAUACAGAAUGUUACUGGUUAUGUUUAGAAAGCCAGCAUUUCCUAUGGACAUGUACUUGGCACCCACUUAUCCACCUCCAGCUUACGAUUGAUAUAGAAGCACUUAAUCCAGUCUGGCUAGAAUUCGAUCACAGUUUUGGAUAGGGCUAAGGGAAUCGCACCAUGCAGCUAGCUAGAUAACUGUUGUAACUGCCAGCCAAGAUGGCAUAAUGUCAUAUUACCAAAGCAUGUGACAAAAUAUGUGGAGUGCACAAAUUAGGGCUGGAAAAUCUCAGCAAA